AUGGGGUGUUACAUUAGUGGUAUCAGAGCAGUUGAGAUGGUUGGAAAGAAUGAUGAUGCUAUUGUUGUUGCAUUGGAGGCUAUGGCUCAGAGAGAGAAUCCAUCUGUCUUCAAUGGUAUGUAUGAUCCUGAUUGCGCAUUGACCUGGUUAAAGGAGAUUAAGAGAAUCUUCCACGUGAUGGAUUGCAUUUCUGAGCAAAAGGCUCGCUAUAGGACUCACAUGCUGGUAGUAAAAGUUGAUGAGUGGUGGCUAAAGACUCGUCAGAGGUUUGAAACUACUGGUGAAGAGAUUACUUGGGCUGUGUUCCGUAGGGAGUUCCUGAGAAAGUAUUAUCCUGAGGAUGUUUGUGGCAACAAAGAAAUUGAGUUCCUUAAGCUGAAACAAGGAAGUAUGUUGGUUAUUGUUUAUGCUGCGAAGUUUGGCGAGCUGGCUAAGUUCUAUCAGCAUUAUGAUGGACCAACUGAUGAAUUUUUGAAGUGA